AUGUACGCAAUGAUGAACAACAAAUCCCCGCUUGCUGCUCUUACUAAACAAAUCGGUGGAGAAAGUGCAUUCAACUACUUGAUCAUGACGUUCUGUCAAGGCGUCUUGCUAAAUCUAGACUUGGAAGUGGCCUUCAAGGGAAUGGAUGCUGACGCUCUUGCUGAGCACAUGACCAACCUCAUCAAGAUGGUCUUCGCAUACACUUCCAAAUCAAACAUGACCAGCAGUAGCAUUCGCGGUCAAAUUGUCUUGAGAAACUACGCUCUCUUUGAACUAGGAUUGAGUCGUUCUCAACUGCGCAAAUUGCAGCUUCACUUUGAAGCCGCCAUGACGGAUUCAAUGAUCGAAGGGAAAGUCUUUGAUCAGUGCAAGGAGCGUUUUACCGACCUUUGCAUCAUGUUCGAGGCAGAGAAGCGAGCCCUUCAAGAAAGCGCUGAUUCCAUGAUGAAUGAUCCAGCAAUGAUCAUGAUGGUCCGAGCGAGUCGCGGUGUGAUGCCAAAGGCUGCUUAG